AUGCAAUACUAUGUGACCGCUAAAUCACUCUCUAGUCUCCUAAAGAGACGCCCACCGCUCUCUCAACUUAGUCAAAUUCAUGCUAAAAUAAUUACCAAUUCACUCUCAGGAAAGGCUGCUUUGGUUGACUCUCUGAUUCACUGUUAUCUCAACAUUAACAAUCUGGAUGGUGCUAGAGCCUUAUUCAACCAUUACCCUUUGCCUUCACCACCAACUCUGUUAUGGAAUCUGAUGAUCAGGGCAUACUCAAAACUUCAAAAUUCGACAGAACCGUUCAAUCUUUUUAACCAAAUGAUCACUUUUGAGCACUCUCCUUUUCGGGUUUUUCCUGAUAGGUAUACAUUCAAUUUUGUGAUCACUUCUUGUUCUCACCAGAUGUCGAUUGUGUAUGGUGAAAUUGUUCAUGGGAUGAUUAUGAAAAAUGGGUAUAUAUCGGAUUUGUACGUGGGAAAUUCUGUGGUCAACUUGUAUGCUGUUUUUGGGAAAAUGGGUGACGCCUGUAAAGUUUUUGAUGAAAUGUCACAGAGAGAUGUGUUCUCAUGGACUAGUUUGGUUUGCGGAUAUGCAAAGAAUGGGGAGAUGACCAAAGCAUGUCAGGCCUUUCUAGAAAUGCCGGUGCGUAAUGACGUGUCUUGGGCUGUUUUAAUUUCAGGUUUUGUUGGAUGUAGAAGAUAUCUUGAAGCCCUCAAGUACUUCCGUGAAAUGCUGUGUGAUGGUGAAUGCAAGGUCAAGCCUAAUGAGGCUGUUCUAGUCUGUGCUCUCUCUGCUUGUGCUCAUCUUGGGGCUUUGGAUCAAGGCAAAUGGAUUCAUGCUUAUGUAGAUAAGAAUAAUAUUUUUGUUGGUUCAAAUAUUAGUACUGCUCUGAUUGACAUGUAUGCAAAGUGUGGCAGGAUUGACCUUUCAAUAAGAGUAUUUGAUGAGAUUUCUGUACCUGAUGUCCACAACUUUACGAGUUUGAUAACAGGGUUAUCCAUUCAUGGACUUGGUAGGGAUGCUUUACGUGUAUUUAAUAAAAUGUUAACUAAAAAUGUUAAACCAAAUGAAGUCACUAUUUUGGGGGUUCUGAAUGGAUGUAGCCAUUCUGGUUUAGUUGACGAGGGCUCUUCAGUUUUUGCUAACAUGGAAAGCAAUUUCGGGAUUGAACCCAAAAUUGAGCAUUAUGGCUGUUACAUUGAUUUGCUUGGGCGUGCUGGCUACUUGGAGAAGGCUUUUCAUGUUGCCAAAAGUAUGCAUGUGAACCCUGAUAUUGUCAUAUGGAGGGCAUUGCUUAGUGCUUGUAGAGUUCAUCGUGAUGUAGAUCUUGGAGAACGCAUAAUAACUCAUAUCAAGGAACACGACGUUUAUGGUCAAAGCAGAGGUGAGGUGCUACUUUCUAACUUGUAUGCUUCUCUAGGUAGAUGGGAAAGAGUUACUCAAAUAAGGAAGUUAAUUGGACAUAGAGAGAAUCAAUUGGACAUUGGGCAUAGUUGGAUUGAGGUGAAUGGUGUUGUACAUGAGUUUCGAGUUGCUGAUAAGUUGCACUUACAAAUUGCAGAGAUUCGGGAGAAGUUGCAUGAGAUUCUAGAAAGAGCUAGCCUUGUCGGGUAUGUUGCUAAUACCACUCAGGUUUCAUUUGAUUUAAGCGAGGAAGAGAAAGUGCAAGCAGUGGCUUGGCACAGUGAGAAGCUAGCUGUUGCUUUUGGAUUGAUGACAACUGUGCCUGGAACUAGUAUUCGUAUAGUAAAGAAUUUAAGAACUUGUGAGGAUUGUCAUUCUGCUCUGAAGGCGAUCUCCAAAGCUUAUGGGAGAGAGAUUAUUGUAAGAGAUCGAUCUCGUUUCCACCAUUUCAGAGAAGGAAUCUGUUCUUGCAAGGACUACUGGUAGUUGUCAUUUUGUUUAACCUUUACCGUUAGAGAUUAUAGCCAAACAAAGCUUUGGUUGGUUGGGAUCAUCCUCCGUUGCAAUUGUUCUUAAAUCUCUGAGGUGGUUUGGACUUUAUAGUUCAUCCAUGAAAAUCCACUUAGCUUUAUAACAGAAUUAAGAGGUUAACUCAGCAACCCGCAGAAGUUAUACAGCUGUCUAUAGGCUGAGGCCCAAGCUUCAUCCUCACUUAAAAAACAUCCAACAAGAGGAUACUAUUUCAGGAGAGUAACAGAUCUGCUGCUUUUUUAUUCAUUUUGUGUUCUUUUCUGUCUGCCAUUCAAUUUCAACAACUAUACAGGAAAAAAUCUGAAUUUAGAUUCGUUGCUCAGAGUCUUGUUAAGCUUUGCAGUUGAAAUAUUAGCUACUGAGUUUGAUGUCUGUGAUAUUUAUUUCAUGUCUGUAGUUCUUGUAAAUGCUAUACUUAUAUUGCU